GCGAGAGGCAAUUGAGAGUCUGUACGUCCGUACCAGUGUCAGUCUCCUUUGCUGUCCUCCUUCCCUCCUCCUCCACCCUCGUCACCUCAACAGCUUCACUGGAAAAUCCACACGCAGACCUAGAGAGAGAAAGAAGAGAGAGAGAGAGAGAAGCGAAGGAGAAGGAGCUUCGUCCACCUGUCUUCCUCCCCCGCCGCGAGAAACGAGCGAAAGGAAAGGCGACGAGCAAAAGAUCGGCGAUCCGAGUUCGCGCUUCGCUGUGGAUCGCCUCGGCUCGGGGGGGACGCAACGCAAUCCCUUCCUUUUAGCCGUCUCGCGGAGCCCCGUCUCGCGCCACAUUGACCUCCCUGGUUUUCGUUUCGCGCGGGCUGAGAUCGGAGAGAGAGAGAGAGAGAUCGAUAGGGGAGCUCCCUUUUUCGCCUCCGUUUCUGCCGAACCUUUUUUUUUUCUGUUGAUCCGGAGCAUCGGAGGAGGAGCUUCUUCGUCGUCGCGCGGCGACAGGCGCGUUCUCGAUUCCCCGUCCCUCCCUCGCUGAUCUCGGCCGCCGUGCCUCCUCUCUCUUUUUGACCUCCAGAUCAGAGAGGAGGCGAGCGCGUAAAGAAACUCUCGUGGAGCUCUGUGGGAUGCGUUCCUGAGACGCAAUUUGUUUCCGACUGUGCGCGCGACGCGUAGAAGAGAGGGGGAAGAACGAUAGGAGGAGGAGAUCGGAUGCGGUGAACGACACAUGCAGGAUAGAAUGUACGCCAACGCCGUGCCUCCGCAUCUUUCCGAAUCUAACCGGCGGAUCAUCGACGGCGGGCCGUCGUUACGUGUAUAUCAAACGUGGAAGGGAAGCAAUAGAUUUUGCUGUGGAGGCAGACUUAUAUUUGGCCCAGAUGCAAGGUCGCUAUUGCUGACGGUGUUCUUAAUCGUGACUCCAGUCAUUUUGUUUUGCACCUUUGUUUCCCAAAGGCUCUUUCAUGAGUUUGAUGACCACGUAGGCAUUAUCAUCGUGGCUAUAAGUGCCGUCUUCACACUCUACAUUGUCAUCCUCCUGUUCCUCACAUCAGGAAGAGAUCCAGGCAUUAUUCCUCGUAGUCUACACCCUCCAGAACCAGAGGACGAAGCUGAUGGUUCCAAUCUAUCUGCAGAUUGGUCAGGAAGCAGGAUCAGUGCUCCUAGUCUGCCACCUACCAAAGAUGUUACUGUCAGGGGAAUGGUCGUCAAAGUCAAAUACUGUCAAACAUGCAUGCUAUACCGUCCACCAAGAUGUUCUCACUGCUCUAUAUGUAAUAACUGUGUUGAGCGGUUUGAUCACCACUGUCCGUGGGUGGGACAAUGCAUCGGGAAGAGGAAUUACAGAUUCUUUUUUAUGUUCAUUUCUUCGACGACAUUGCUCUGCCUGUAUGUCUUUGCUUUCUGCUGGGUAAACAUCAGCAAGACAAUGGAUGAAUAUCAGUGUGAUCUUUGGAGAGCUCUUGCUAAGUCUCCUAUGUCAGGAAUUCUUAUAGUCUACACGUUCAUAGCUGCAUGGUUUGUUGGAGGCCUCACUGGAUUUCAUCUUUAUUUAAUCAUAACCAAUCAGACAACUUAUGAGAAUUUCCGAUAUCGAUAUGAUUGCAAGAUGAAUCCUUAUAACCGGGGUUGCACGGGUAAUCUUUGGGAGAUAUUUUUCUCCAAAAUACCUCCUUCCAAAAAUAAUUUCAGGGCAAAGGUUAAGGGGGAGACAUCUGUUUACAAUCCGGUUUCGGUGGGGCCGACCACUAGUCUGGAGAUCCCCAAAACAAGCUUUGAUGUGGAGAUGGGGAAAAGGCAAGCGGUUGCUGCUGAGGAUUUGGAAGAUAUACAGAGCCAGAUUGAUAGUGUUGGUGGACUUGAGAGAUGUGGAACUCAACCCCCUCAUACAAAGUGGGAUCAAAAGAACAAUUGGGAGAUCACACCUGACAUGCGGAUGUUAGCUGCUGAGUUUGGCAUGCAAUAUGGUCCGAGUCCAACUGAAAGAGAGAAAAUUCAUGGAGACCAAUAGCUUUUCUAGUUGAACUCCUGAUUUUAGGAAUAGGGUAUGUUAUUAUCUUGUACCAACACUGAUCUUUCUUUCUGCUUAAUUAGGAAUUAUAUUCAACAAAUUGGCAAACUUAAAGUGAGAUUUGGUAAUGGAUCCUUACCACUUGAAAUUUCUCUGAGAGUGAUCUCUCUUAAGCUACGGGAUUAAAUGCUCAUCAAACUCCAUGAUCUCAUUGUACCAGAGUGCUUUAGCUUCUUAGGAUUUUAUUUUAUUUUUGGUUGAAAGUGCAAUCUGUUGGACAAUUUUGGCAACUUCAAGUUUUUAAUCUAAGUCCCUUCUUAGUAA